UAGUCUAUGACUAUCUAAACUUUUAACCUAACCUAAAUUUUUGCAGCGAUUACGCGAACGUUUCAUCGGUUUCGUCGACUUGACGUCCCCGAUGAGCCUGAGACGGAUCAGCGAUGUCAUUAUUCGGCGAAACGUGCGUCUCCAAGGCGCCGUCGCCGGGCGUUUCCUCGCCACGGAGUCGACGGAACCGAAGGACGAGAUCGUCGACAUAACCGCCGCCGACGAGAAGCCGGUAUACCCGGACGAUCCCCGGUCUCAGGAGGAGCUCGCCAAGAAGCGAAACAAGUCCCGGCUGAAUCCGUCGGAUAGGAACGUGCUUAUGGGCGUGCGUCCUUACGAACAGUCUCUGGAGUGGUAUCACGAUACGGUGAGAUACAAGAAGCGUAUGCUGGGCAGGUACGGAUUGAAAAGCAUCGACGUGCCAGCCGGGUUCGCGUGGCCCACGCCAGAAGAGGUCAAGGAUGCUCAGGAGUACGAAAGAGUCGCCUUUCCGUUGUCCAUUCAAGAGAGAUGGAAGAAACUGGAGGAGGCAAAACGGAUAAAGGCUGAGGAGGUUCAAGCGAGGGAGGCCGAAAUAGCUGAGAAGCUGGCGAAGAUGGAUGAAUGGACGGCCGAAUUGAAUGCGAAGAUCGCUAAGAAGGAAGCUGAGCUGGAGGCUGCUAGAUUGCGCAAGGAACGCCUGGUGGAGGAGGUCAGGAAGCACUUCGGCUUCAAGAUCUCGCCCCACGAUGAGAGAUUCAAGACGAUGCUGGCGCAAAAAGAGAAGGAGGCAAAGAAGAAGAAGAAGGAGGCUAAGAAGCAGGCAAAACUGGAAAAAUUAACAAGCAUAGCCCAAAAAAUGUCCAACGAUGCGAGUCAAGGGGAAGCGACCGAGUCGACGAAACCUGUAGAAUAGUGACCUGUUGAAUAGUUUUCGCCAAGUAUAAUAUAAAACAUUCUAAUUGUAUAUAGCUAAUAAAUUUGUAAUUUAUCAGCGCUC